AUGUCGACGCAGCCGCUCCUAGGAGCCAUAUCGGGCCAGCCGGGCAAUAGAGAUGAAGACAGGGGCCAAUCAGGCAGCUUAGCGACCUUCCUUUCUAUCUUUCAUGGCGGCCUCGUCGCGCCAGACUCGACGACACUCGACUCGCUCCAGGCCAUCCUCAAUGAGCCCGACGACGCCCUCCGUGACGACCUCACGGAGCGCUGGCGCGACCACAAGCUCCAGGAGCUCAACUUUGUUGGCACAGUCGGCGCGCUCCUCGCCGCCUGCCUGAGUUCUACGGGUUCGUGGCCCGACGUCCUCGACAACGGACGCAAGCAGCCGUGGAGCAUCCGCGCGUGCUGGUACAUCGGCCUCGUGUUCGCGCUGUUCGCCGUUCUCACAGCGCUGCAGCAGAGCCUGCGGCUGCACCGCCUGAGCGCGCACCGCGAGGGACUCAUGAUCCGGAAGAGUAUGAUGGGCGGGAAGAGGGAUGGCGAGGUGAGGGUCAGAACUUGGCAGGUGUAUGCGUGGCAGGCGAGCUUGGUAUUUCUGGUGGCGGCUGUUAUUUGCUUGAUUGCGGGGAUUCUCGUGCUCGUGUGGGUGUCGACGGAGUUUGGGCCGGAUAAGAAGCCAGAGGAUGGCUGGUGGGACGACAGUGCCAAGGUAUUCUUUUCCCUCUCCAGCUUCCCUUGUUCAAGAGACUGA